GUGUUGCAAGGCGAGAAGAAUAUCGGCUUGGGGUUCCUACUUCCAACAAUUUCUGUUUUAAAAAAAAACUGGCUUUGCUACAAGACAAUGCGUCGAUUAUUAAAUGUCAAUCACUAAUCACUGGACUGCUUGACGCUAUCUAUGAGAGAUUUGAACACAUGUUCUCAGAGAAUGAGCUACGUUUGGCUACGAUUACCAACCCAUUUUUUAAGCUCUCAUGGUUGGAUAAUGAAGACGAUGUUCGUCGCGCAAAAACUUUGCUCAGAGGAGAAUUUGUCCGGUUUCAGGGACUAAACAACGAGUCCGAAUCUUCGGAUGAUUCAAGUGACGGGACCUCUUUUUCAAUAUCAGAUCCCAGUCCGGAGAAAAAACAGAGACGCGCGAAGGAUUUGUGUGCCUCAAUUACUAAACGAAAUGAAAAGUCAAAGGUAAUUGAUAAAGUAGAGACAUUCCUUAAGAUGUGUGGAAAUCUAGAUGACCUACCAAAUUAUCCAACCAUCAUGAAAAUGUAUAAACGAUAUAACGUGACUUUGCCCUCUUCCGCCGCAGUCGAGAGACUUUUUAGUCAAGCUGGACUAAUUUUUACCGCGAAGAGAUAUCAACUUACUGACAAACAUUUUGAAAUGUUACUUUUUUUAAAAAUUAACAACCAAAUGCUAAAUAAUUGGUAAAAUG